CUAUAUUUCACUCAAAAGUCGAAUAUGGUAUAGAAAAAAAAGUGAAUGUGUGCAAGUUUGUGUACAAGGCAGUGAACUGGAGAGAUAGGGCAAAAUGACUACAGGCGCGGGUACGCCUACACUGCCCAGGUGAGGAAAAGUGCAGGGCUGAGGGCACUCAUUUCUGUGACAGUGCGCACGUCCCGCGCUUUUACGCACGGUCUCUUUGCAGUAAUGCAUAAACGUUGUUAUGGUGUUAUGACACUAGCUUACUCGAUAUUUUAUAAUCAAUUAAAAAUAAGAAGUUAAACUUGUUUACAUUUUGUUUCACGGCUAGAGCUUAUGGUAAAGCGAAUUAGAAUUCCAUUCCGAUUCGAAACAAUGUGUAAUGACGUAUUCCAUCUCUAUGCGACCGAGAGGGUCACAAUACCGACGCUUCACAUGGAACUCCAGAACCCAAGAGAUAUGUUCAGAACUCUCAAAAAUCUUCAGUUCUUGAUCGACAAACAACGAGAGAGACAACAUUAUUAUGGCGAGCUUUUCAUUCAUCUUCCCUGAAGACAGACGUUGUUCCAUUAAGGACAACGAAGUCAAUUCAGGGUGGAUCUCAACGGUAACCAAACUCAACACCCGAGGCGGUCCAGAGUCAAAGAGUCAGAACAUCCGUCUGAGCUUUGCAGAGGAACUUGGUGACAAGUACCACUACGCAAAUGCCAUCGACAGCUCUCUGCUCUGGACUGUUGGGUACACCCCCUACAUUCCCCCAGCUCUGAAAGGAAGAAGCUUCCCCUCUGUCGAGAGCUUCUUCCUGGAUGAGUGGGAGCCACUGACACUCGUGCAGACUCCUCAGGUUCUGUCCACCAGUGUUUCCAUCGAGGAAGACAACCUGAUCCAGUCUGCUGCAGGCCUAGUGUCUCAGGUUCUGUCCACCAGUGUUGCCAUCGUGGAGAAUGACUUGAUCCAGUCUGCUGCAGGCCUAGUGUCUCAGGUUCUGUCCACCAGUGUUGCCAUCGUGGAGAUAGACCUGAUCCAGUCUGCUGCAGGUCUAGUGUCUCAGGUUCUGUCCAGCAGUGACGCUAGAGUGAAGGAUCGUGAUGAUUCCACACUGAGAGACUCCAACCAACCUGAGGUCCAAGUGGCUGAUGUCUCAACCAAGAGAAGUAGACUAGUCAUCACUAUUUCUAUGUUUUCAACUGAGAGUUGCAAUGCUUCGGUCCAUGAAGUUGAUGCUAUUGCUACCAGCCUGGAGCACUCUGCUGAGAAAAUGUCUACCUCUAUCGCUGAUGGCCACAUUGUUUCAUCCACUGCUGUUGCCAAUCAGAAGAAAACAAGGGGUGGAUUCAUCUCAGCUCUACAGAGAUUGUUUACAAGAAAGAACAGGAAGCCAGCUAAAGUGGCUUCCAAGAAGGAGCACAUUCACUUGGUUGACCACCUCAAUGUUGAAGUCACCCACUGAGGACACUCACUCACUGCUGAAAGCAUCCAGAAUGAUGCUUCUGUUUCUCCUCAACGCCACCUACACCCCUGCCCCUCUCCCCCACACCAAACCCUACCAGGGUUGGGAUGAAUUCCAGAUCAAUUGAGUCAAUUCAGGAAGUAAAUUGAAAUUCCAAUUCCAAUUGUUUCUCAUAGGAGGCAAUGAGGUAAAUUUGAAUUGCUAUUGGAAUUUCAGUUUACUUACUGAAUUGACUGAAUUGAAAAUGAAUUGACCCCAACCCUGAUCCCUAAGCCCCCACCC